AUGUCAGACACCUCAAGUCCACCACAAUUUGAUAAAGCAGAGGCUAGGCGAAUGCUACAACGUUUCCUGACAGAGGUUCAGGAUGACACAGCGAAUACACAAAAAUGGAUGUCAAAGAUGCUAGAUCUGACGCAGGCUAUCGAUAAAUCAAGGAAGAGCCUGACCAAGGCAUUAGAGCUCGCAGGGCAAGCAGCGAGGAAAAAUGAGACAUUAAAAAUCCUUGGAUGGAAAAGGUCAUACACCGAGACAGCUACUGAAGAGGAAUGGAAGGUGGUUAAAGUAACUGUGGAAGGGACUAUUCUUUUCAUGGCCAGGUUUUCUGAUUUCCUGAGGCGAGUAUGCGCGAACGAGGCGCUAAGGAUGAAUCAAAGCACGGUCAAGGCGCAGGUGGAAGGUGAUCUAAUGCUCAUGUUGUCACCUCAAAUUGAGAUUUAUCCAGACUUUUAA